GUCAGUAAAGAAUGGUCUAGUUCUGCUGUGAUGAAAAGUUUAAUUAGUCUCACUUCUCGUGGAGCCAAGUAAGGAUAUUAUGUCUCAAGUAGUAAUGACAAUGAUCUAAAAACUGGCGAUUUUUCAUUUAAUUCAUGUAAAAUAAUGGUUUGUUUAAGUGUUAAUGGACCUUUGUACCUUGUUGUGCUAUCCCGUCUAUAUCUCCACGGAAAUGGCCAUUUAUUUCGAAGAAUUUUAUAUUAAAAUAGAAACUAAUUACUUGAAUAGACAUACGCUCUAUACAUUAAGCAGUUUAUGAUGGUAUAAUGGUGUAAAUUAGACAAAUCUCUUUGUUAAGAAAAAAGUGUUUCUCCAACUUCUUUGUGGAUGCUGUGAUUCUGCUCACCACCUGUAGUCUGGAAUAAGAAACUUGGCUCUAAAGUUACCGGUGAAUAUUAUGGAACGUGUUAUCCCAGCCCCUUCUCAGAAGCCUGGUGUAUUCCUUAGUGAUCGAGCGGCCACCAGCCACCAAGCGCUUAUUCGUUCAGACCAACUGAGUCGUGUCUCAGCCUCUGAACCUUGGAGAGCACAACUAUUGCUGCACCAUCAGAUGGAUCUAAAUACAGUGGAUCAGAAGACGUCAGAUUGCCGAUACAAAACUGUUUAUGAUUUUGAAAUAGAUGCCUUGACAAUUGUACAUAAUGUUGUUAUCUAUCAAGGAGUUCACAGCAGUAUAGCAGAUAUGGCAAGACAAAUGCUGCGGGACUGCCAGUAUGACUUGAUGGAGUUGGAACAGUGCAAAGAUUGCUACCGUAUGUCUAAUGAAAAGUCCGACAAAUAUUGGUUUUGUAAACCAUGUCGACCUCCACAUCAGCUAGUUUAUGCCAAACAAAAAGGAUUCCCAUAUUGGCCAGCAAAGGUAAUAAGAGUAGAAAAUGAACUUUAUGAUGUAAGAUUCUUUGGGAGUCAACAUCAGAGAGCUGUCAUAGAGAAGUCACAUGUUCGUCCUAUAUCUGUCAACAUACACACACUUCAGGUAAAAAGAACUUCAGCAUGGAACAAGGCAUGUGAAGAGCUAAAGAAGCAUCAGGAAUAUCUUUCAAUGACGAACAAUCAUGAGUCCGACCACCGGAAUAUACGAACAGAUUCUGAGGCUCGACAUAAAGGUGAUACACUCUCACCUGACCAAGAAUCCCGACAUGCUCACAGAGUUCAGACACAGCUGCUACAGACGUCUCCGAAGAAAGAGAUUAAGGAGGAGGAG